CUGUUUUCCAUCGUGUUCUGUAGAGACGAUCCAUUAAAAAAUUGUACAAUGUCCUACCUGGUAUCAGCUUCGUUGAACUUAGUAGGCGUAGUAAUAGCCCUGUUGGCCGUAGCUUACGCCUAUUUCAAAUGGACCUAUCAGUAUUGGAAGAACAAGAAUGUGCCCCACAUCGAACCCAAAAUACCCUUCGGGAACUUGAGCAACCCGUUCACUACGAAUACGGGCGAAAGUAUUGUUCGGUUGUACAAGACGGCGAAAAAUAAAGGUUGGAAAUACUGUGGAAUAUAUAUGUUGGUGGCCCCUCACUUAUUGGUACUGGACCUGGACUUCAUAAAGAACAUUCUAACCAAGGAUUUUCAAUACUUUAUGGACAGGGGAAUUUUCGCAAGCGAUAAAGACGAUCCUAUCGGUAGCAAUCUGUUGUUCCUAACCGGCACAAGAUGGAGGAACCUCAGGGCCAAAUUGACGCCUACAUUCACCUCUGGCAAGCUGAAGGCGAUGUUCCAGACUCUGGUGGAUUGUGGUCUGGUCCUUGAGAACCACAUUGAGGAAAAUAUCAAGCCGGAAGAGCCUGUAGACAUCAAGGAGAUUCUAUCUUGCUUCUCCACCGACGUCAUAGGUUCCUGCGCAUUUGGACUUGACUGUAACAGCUUCAAGGAACCAAAUUCAGCCUUCCGACGUUUCGGAAACAAAAUUGUGACCGUUUCUAAGCUGAGAGCCGUCAAGGCGAUGUUCCGUCAGAAUUUUCCCAAGGUAGCCCGAUUUUUGGGGUUACGUCAAGGCUCAAAAGAUACCGUAGACUUCUUUAGCAAUGUGGUGAGAAACACCGUGUCGUAUCGCGAAAAAAACAAUGUCGUCAGGAAGGAUUUUCUUCAGUUGCUUAUGGAUAUCAGGAAUACAAAAGAGGGACAGGAAAAUAGCCACAGCGUUCCAGGCGAUGGCAACAAUUUGACAAUGAACGAAAUCAUCGCUCAGGGUUUCUUAUUCUUCGUAGCAGGUUUUGAAACCAGCUCCACCACCAUGACCUUCGCCCUAUUCGAGUUGGCCACGAAUCCAGACAUACAGGAGAGAGUCAGGGAAGAGAUCAAGGAAGUUUUGGCGAAGUACGAGGACCAGGUCACCUACGAUUCGCUGAGUGAGAUGAAGUACCUUGGACAAGUUAUAGAUGAGACCCUGAGGGUUCAUCCACCAGCAGUGGCCCUGCAGCGGAUCUGUUUGAAAGACUAUAAGGUACCCGGUGAAGAUUUGAUCAUAGAGAAAGGCACCAAACUGAUCUUAUCCGUAAAAGGCAUACACUACGAUGAAGAAUACUGGGAUAAUCCAACCAAGUUUGAUCCAGAAAGGUUCAGCGAGGAUAGGAGGAAGCACAGGAACCAGUUCACCUAUAUGCCUUUCGGUCAAGGUCCUAGGAAUUGUAUUGGAGAGAGGUUCGGUCUGAUGCAAGUGAGGGUGGGUCUGACCUGUCUGUUGAGGAAAUUCAGGGUGAAACUGGAUAAGAAAACCACACUACCUCUAAAGGCAUCUACCAGUUCCAUUGUCAACUCUGCUGAGGGCGGCAUCUGGUUGAACUUGGAAAGGGUCACGAUGUCUUGCUUGGCAACAUUCUUGUUAAACUUAGUAGGCGUGGUGACGGCCUUGUUGGCCAUAACUUACGCCUAUUUCAAAUGGACCUACCAAUAUUGGAAGAACAGGAAUGUGCCUUAUAUCGAACCCACAAUACCAUUCGGUAACACGGGCAACCCACUGACCGAACCUCUGGGUGAAGCUAUUGCUGAGCUGUACAGAAAAGCGAAAGCUAAAGGUUGGAAAUAUUGCGGAAUGUAUAUAUCUCUGUCCCCUAACUUAUUGAUAGUGGAUCUGGACUUGGUAAAGAACAUUCUGACGAAGGAUUUUCAACACUUUAUGGACAGGGGAACUUACACGAACGAGAAAGAUGACCCUGUUGGUUGCCACCUAUUCUCUCUUAGUGGCUCAAGAUGGAAGAACCUCAGGGCUAAAUUGUCGCCCACUUUCACUUCUGGCAAGCUAAAAGCGAUGUUUCAAACUCUGGUGGACUGUGGUUUGGUUCUUGAAGACUACAUCGAGAGUAACGUCACUCCGAAGGAACCUGUAGAUAUCAAGGAUCUCCUAGGUUGCUUCUCCACCGACGUCAUAGGGUCCUGCGCAUUCGGCCUCGACUGUAACAGCUUCAAGGACCCAGACUCCGCUUUCAGACGUUUCGGAUUGAAGGCCUUCAGCAUCAGUGGUCUGGGAGUUAUCAGGUUGUUGUUCUGUCAGAGUUUUCCGGGGCUAGCGCGGGCUUUGAGGAUGCGCCAAGUUUCGGCUGACAUAGCAGAGUUCUUCAGCAACGUGGUGAGAGACACGGUGUCGUAUCGCGAGAAGAACAACGUGGUUAGGAAGGAUUUCAUGCAGUUGCUUAUGGAGAUCAGGAAUAAGAAGGAUGGACAGAAGACUGACCACGACGUUCCUGGCGACGGCAAUACUUUGACAAUGGACGAAAUGAUCGCUCAGAGUUUCGUAUUCUUCAUAGCAGGCUUUGAAACCAGCUCCACCACCAUGACCUUCGCCCUAUUCGAGUUGGCUACGCAUCCAGAGAUCCAGGACAGACUCAGGGACGAAAUCAAUGAAGUUUUGGCCAAGCACGAAGGCAAGGUCACGUAUGACUCGCUGAGUGAGAUGAAGUACCUUGGACAAGUUAUAGAUGAGACCCUGAGGGUCCAUUCGCCAGCAAGGAUUCUACAGCGGAUCUGCGUCAGCGACUAUAAGGUACCCGGUGAGGAUUUCGUCAUAGAGAAAGGCACCCAUUUGACCAUAUCCAUAAGAGGUAUACAUUACGAUGAAGAAUACUGGAAGAAUCCGAAAGAGUUUGAUCCGGAGAGGUUCAGCGAUGAGAAGAGGAAGAACAUGAACCAGUUCACUCACUUGCCUUUUGGUGAAGGGCCUAGGAUUUGUAUUGGGGAAAGAUUCGGUCUGAUGCAAGUGAAAGUGGGUCUGACCUGCCUGUUGAGGAAGUUCAGGGUGAAACUGGAUAAGAAAACCACACUACCUCUAAAGACGUCUACCAAAUCCAUUGUCAAUUCUGUCGAGGGGGGUAUCUGGUUGAAUUUGGAAAGGGUGUAGUGGGUUUUUUAUAAAUUGAUGGUAGUAAUAUAGUAUAAGUACUCAUAAAUAAUGUAACUCUAAUAUAUAAUAAAGUA